GUCGCAUUUUAGAUUGAUCAAGAUCUCUUCUUUCGCCACCCAGAGAAAAAUGAGCUGAUGCUUCGAAACUGGACUCAAAUAGGUCAACAAAUUUGGCAAGCCGCUAAAAAUACAAAAUUAGACGUUACAAACGAGCUUGGAGUUGAACAGCAUAUCAAUAAUUGGACAACUGACCAAGUCAACAACGGCUCACUUAUUUUGCUACCGUAUUUAUUGUCGAAUUCUGCAUAUACUCGAAGUGGAAAGAAAAGGCGUAGAAUUACAGGAGGACAGUCUUCCCAUUUUUUCCUCCAGUUUGUAAAUGCAACUGAAGACUUGGAAGCAUUUCGAUUAUCGGAAUUGACCAGGAAGCAGCCAUUUGUUUUGUGCGUCGGAAAUUUGAAAACGUUGACCAUUCAGCAAGCAUACAUCAUGGUAGAACGACGACUCAUAGCUGCGGAAACUCUCGUCAAGGCGGUGGAUACAUGCUUCAAAAUAUUCCAUGUAUUACAAUUGCAAUUUCCUGAAGAAUGCUACGGCGUUUGGAGUUUUUUCGACCACUCAGUAUUCAAAAUCAACGAAAUUACAGCUCCUCCAUCUUGCGUUUUAUCACUUAGCUCUCAAAUAAUAUUUUAGAUAAUUUAUCUUAUGCUUUCAUGCGUUUAUAAUUAUCAGUAUUUUUCGUACGCUUAAUUAAUUACAUAUACAUAAAUAUUAAUUCUUAUGUGUGAAAAAUGUAAUGAAUAUUGUAAAUUAUGCUAAUGGUUUAAAUAAAGGUGUAAUAUUUAA